GUUUGGUCUUCAACCGCCAAGCUCACAGCUUAGCAAUAGGCAAGGUGGCUGUUAGCCUCGCAAGCGCUUUUCAUAUGCAGUGGGAGCAGACAGACUAAAUGAUACACAGCUACACACGUGCUCAUCGCAUCCCCAGGCUCCUGACACGGUAGAGAGUACAGACCAAAUUCUCUGCGAUUCCUGGCAAUGCCCCGCUUCAGAGGCAAACGUGCGUUAUUGUUCCUCAUGGGAUUUUUCUCAUCGGUUUACUUGAUGUCAAAUCUGUCUCUUUUCACUCAAGUGUCUUUUCAAUCCCGGAUGAGGAGGGAGAUCCUCGCAAAGACAAAACACCACAUCGAUAAGCUUGUUACGCUGACUCCUCUACAGUGCUACGCAGCACACGUGCAAUAUCACAGUACGGAGUUUAAGUGCGAUAAGCUCUUCAAACAAGAUGUUCGUGAGACUACUCGUUCACGGGAAUAUCUGGAGAGAAAUAAUUUCAAAUUUCCGGCGUUUCCUGAAAGUGUGUUUAUAAAGGUGACGAAGGAUUGUGGGGCAUUUAAGAAAGUUCUGGGAUACAAAAGGCAAUAUUCCAACAUUGAAAUUGAAUUUCCACUUGCAUUCUCAAUCCUGACACAUGAUGGAAUCGAGGCCCUAGAGAGGUUGCUGAGAGUGAUCUACGCACCCCAAAAUUUCUAUUGUAUACAUGUGGAUAGGAAAGCGUCGCCAUUAUUCUUUGAUGCAGUCCAGACGCUCACAGACUGUUUCCCCAAUGUUUUUAUUGCAUCCAGACUUGAAGAUCUUAUUUAUGCCCAUUUCAGCAGACUGAGAGCGGAUUUGAACUGCAUGGAAGAAUUGUUGAUUAAAGACAGAAAGUGGAAGUAUCUCCUAAAUUUUGCAUCGACUGAAAUACCUUUAAAAACGAAUUUGGAAAUUGUUAAUUUUUUGAAGAAAUGUAACGGUUCUAAUGAUAUUCGUGAAGUAUAUAGAAGACGUAGACUGGAGAGAUUUGUUUUCCGCUAUUCAGUGUCCGAGGGGACAUUGGUCAAAACUGACCAGCACUUGCCACCACCUCCUCAUAACUUAACCAUCACCAAAGGUCUCGCAUACGGUGCAUUUAGUCGACAUUUCUUGGAAUUUGCUCUAACCAAUCAGAUUGCUCGAGACUUCUUACUUUGGACCAUGGAUACUCACAGUCCCGACGAACACUAUUGGGCGACACUGAAUAAUCUCUACCACAACCCGUUCCUCCACAGCCCCGGGGGGUUUACAGAGCAUCCAGACAAGAAAAGGUUUAUUUCUAGAUUUGUUAUUUGGAACGGAAAAGAACAAAGGUAUACAUGCCAUGGAAGGUACCGGCAUAAUAUAUGUGUCUUUGGACUGGGGGAUCUCCCCUCUUUGAAGGUUGCCCGGAAACUGGUUGCAAACAAGUUUGACCUUCAGUAUGACCCUGUGACGUACGCGUGUGUGGAAGAAAUUGUACGAAAUCGAACUGUCAGCGGAUUGGUGUUAUUAAACCAUAUACAUUACAUUUGUUAUAUUAUUUCUUCAAAUUGCAGUCUCUAAGUAAGUGAGCUGUACAUUUAC